UUUCAUAAGCUUAUCUGCAGCAACAGUUCAUCAAAUGGACAGAAAUUGGGUGGCGGUUAUGGUUCGACUACUCUUACUAUUGACCUCAACACAAACCCCAACUCCAUGCACCUCAACCCUACUCUUCAAACUCCGGGUGAUGAGAUGGUGGAGGAGUUGAAUCGAAUGAAGUCGGAGAACAAGAAGUUGAGUGAUGUGCUGACAAUCGUGACCAAAAAUUACAAUGAUUUGAUGCAAACAAGGAAGAGGAAGGCUGUCGAUCCUGGAUACUAUAAUCAUUCGUGUCGUUAUUACAGUUGCUGUGAUGAAACCUCAGCUGGAACUCUGCCAAAAGUGAUCAAAUCAAAUGUUUCAAGAGUUUAUGUACGCAUUGAUCCAUCCGACACUAGCCUAGUGGUGAAGGACGGAUACGGAUGGAGAAAGUACGGACAAAAGGUGACAGGAGAUAAUCCGUCUCCAAGAGCUUAUUAUAAGUGCUCCUUCGCCCCAGCUUGCCCUGUCAAGAAGAAGGUGCAAAGAAGUCUCAACGAUCCGUCACUAUUAGUAGCCACAUACGAAGGACACCACCACCACCACCACCCGUCUCAAGCAAAUGUUUCAGCCGUAUCACCACCAGGAGGAGCAACCGGGACUUCAACAACCGCUGCCAGGAUUACAGGUGAACGCAGAGGCUCUACAGAGAGUCUUGAUUUCUUGGAUCCCUUAAUAUGCAGCAAAAUUCAGAAGGCCAUAGCAGCGAUUGAGAGCAGUGAAAUGCAGCAGUUUUUGGUAGAAAAAAUGGCUUCUUCAUUGACAAGGAAUCCGGCCUUCAUGGCUGCACUGGCUGCGGCCAUAACAGGCAGAAUACUAGAUGAGGUUAUAUCAGAGGAAAAUAAGGAUGUUGUGUCGAAUUCAAGGGGGUUUUCUGUGUAGAUUAAUGCAUAAAAACAUUCAACUUUAUUUAUGUAU